CGCAGGUACGCUUCUGCCAUUCUCCCAUUGCUAUUUGACGCAUACUAAUGGCCUGCAGAUCACUAUUGCCAAACCUCAGACCAAGUCCGUCAAUUCCAUCGCGUUGAUUCAAUCCAGCACCAUCGGUAAUUCGAUAUUAGAAGACCAGGGACGGAAUAAGGGAGCUUUUGUGAACGGGGCCGCGAGAGUUGCUGGUUGACAACCGAUUCUGAUGAUUCGGGGCGGUGUGUCGGAUUUUUUGUUUUCGAUAUAUGUGCAUGGCUUUGUAUAUAAUUGACUGCGAGCUGCGGGUGAAAUCUGGAUUAUUUGUCGAUGAUUUGGUUGUCAUGUCGCUUGGAAUUGGUGUCGGCUUCGUCGCAUUGGAGAGCUGGAAAGGUGGAAAUCGGAGCAGCGGAAGAGACAGGAAUCGCCGUGGGGAAAUACGAUUGAUGUAACAAGAAAAUCAAAUCCAGCGCCGUCGAGGGGGUGCAGAAUCCAUGGUUCCAUUAAGUAGACUUUGGCUCAGGCACAAACCAAGGAAAAUAGAAGCAAAGUCAAUCGAGCUGACAUCAGGAGAUCGAGCAGAAACGACGCAGAAAACAGGGAACCGACAAAAGAAAAG